UCUGGUCCUCCAGGUUGGNCCAGGUUGGGGAUUCGACUCCAAUUGGUGUCUAAGUUGAAACCUGUGAAUGCGGCGCACUCUCCUUUCAUUUUGGCCACGGAGACUCGAUCGUGUAUCUUUCGACGUUAUUUCUGUGUCAGUGUAUCAACAAACCAUGGUAGCGUUAUGUCUGCUGUCUGUACAUUCUACAAUGUAUCAGAACAACUCACAUCCUAUUUAUCUACUUCCCUUUUUCACGCAGAUCCGGAAAAAGAUACCUGCUUUGGAGGAUUCCUUAGUCGCUUCCUAAUGGAAGAAUUCCUUGGUUACGAGGAUCUUUUAUUGGGCAGUAUCNGCAGUAUCAAGCAUUUGGCCGUAAGCGAUUCGGUGAAAGGUCAUAUGGCGAAUGUGGUGACCGGGCAACAUUAUCGUCUGGUCUCGUCACAGAUGUCCAGGUCAUCCUAUCUAGUUGCCACACUGGUGAUGCUUCUGUUUUUUGAUAACUACCUUCCUUUUUCUGUUUUUAUCUCUACAGCCGAUAUCCUACAGGUUUUCGAAACAAACGUGGCUGUGGGAAUACCCGCCACUCCAUUCAUGACGGUGAUUUUGGCCCUGGUUGCAAUCGAAACCAUCAUGUCGGAGUUCUUCGGAGAUUCGUUUACCGCUUUUUAUGUGAUUUUUAUCGUCAGCAUUUGCGACCAUUACGAGGCAGUGUUUUGUCGGACCGCAAUCAGUCGACGCUACUGGCCAAGAUUCUUCUACUUGUAUCAUUUCGCGUUCUACGCCUAUCACUACCGAUUCAGUGGGCAAUUCAGUGGCAUGGCACUCUGGGUGUCUUGGCUGUUCAUCCUACACUCAAUGAUCUACUUCUUUCAUCACUACGAAUUACCCCAUUUCUUGAGUGAUUGGCAACUGAGUGAGAUGCUCGUUCUUUUGUUCUUCAGAGUUGACUUCUCGAAUAAUCCAGUCAUGGUACUUCUGUAUUGUUUUUUUUAUAUAUUUCUUUUUCUGAUACGCGCCACGCGUACUCAUUGCCGCAUGGUCAAAUACUACGCCAAAUAA